CAGAAAAUACGUCCAGGUUCAAUGAACCUAUAAUGCCGCCUUCUCUUCAGGCGAUUCUCUCCUCUUUAUAUCUCUCAUGAGCGGUACACUAUAGAGACACAAAAAGCUUCACAAUUCGCAGAACCCAGAAGAAAAAUUGUCCAAAUUCUUAUAGCAGAGCGUCGGAAUAUGGCAUUGGCUUUCAGUUCUGCUGCUACCAUUCGCGGUUCUCAUCAUGAACAUACCAAAGUGCCCCAAAAAGGAUAUCAUCAACCGUUGGAUCGGCCAUUUCAUCAGCCGGCGGUGGUUAGCUUUUCUCGCAGGCAUUCUGAGGUAAAGCCAUUGAAUGCCGAGCCAAAGCGAAACGAGGCUGUCGUUGCCUCGGCAGCAACCUUAGCUGCUCCUGAGACUGCUGAGAAAGUAGAGUCAGAGGACUAUGUGAAAUUGGCUUAUCAGCUUGAAGAUGCUUCCCCCCUCGAGAUUAUGGAUAAAGCACUCGAGAAAUUUGGGAAUGAUAUUGCUAUUGCUUUCAGUGGUGCAGAAGAUGUUGCAUUGAUAGAGUAUGCACGCCUAACAGGACGACCAUUCAGAGUGUUCAGUCUUGACACGGGCAGGUUAAACCCAGAGACAUACAAGUUCUUUGACACAGUUGAGAAACAUUAUGGUAUCCACAUCGAGUACACGUUUCCCGACUCAGCCGAAGUUCAGUCUCUAGUUAGGAGCAAAGGGCUCUUCUCGUUCUACGAGGAUGGCCACCAGGAGUGCUGCCGUGUGAGGAAAGUGAGGCCCUUGAGAAGGGCAUUAAAGGGAUUACGUGCCUGGAUCACCGGUCAGCGCAAAGACCAAUCCCCUGGAACUAGAGCUGAAGUCCCGGUUGUUCAGGUAGACCCUUCGUUUGAGGGGCUGGAUGGCGGGGUUGGAAGUCUGGUGAAGUGGAACCCUGUGGCGAACGUUAACGGAAAUGACAUAUGGAACUUCCUUAGAGCCAUGAAUGUGCCUGUGAAUUCUCUGCACUCCCAAGGUUACAUCUCUAUCGGGUGCGAGCCGUGCACCAGACCUGUCUUGCCUGGUCAACACGAGAGGGAAGGUCGGUGGUGGUGGGAAGAUGCAAAGGCCAAGGAGUGUGGUCUUCACAAAGGUAAUCUUAAAGAAGAAACCUUGAAUGGGGUUGGGAAUGUGAGCAUCCUUGGAGAGGACACCCCAGCUGAAAAAGACAUUUUUGAUACCAAGAAUAUUGUUACCUUAAGCAGGCCAGGAAUUGAAAACAUGUUGAGAAUGGAAGAAAGGAAGGAGCCUUGGCUUGUUGUUCUAUAUGCACCAUGGUGUAGAUUCUGUCAGGGUAUGGAGGAAUCAUAUGCUCAACUGGCAGAGAGAUUAGUGGCGUCCGGGGUGAAGGUAGCAAAGUUCAGGGCAGAUGGGGAGCAGAAGGAAUUUGCAAAGAAUGAAUUGCAGCUUGGGAGCUUCCCCACAAUAAUUUUCUUUCCCAAACAUUCCUCACAUGCUAUCAAGUAUCCAUCGGAGAAGAGGGACGUAGAUUCAUUGCAAGCUUUUGUGAAUGCCCUGCGGUGAUACUGUGACGUGUUUGUUUGUAUAAUAAUUGUAAAAUUUGUAUUGUUCAUUUUAUGUAGCGCUUGUUUGGUCAGGCAGCACCCUUUCAAGUUUCAAGCAUGAUCUCUGGAAUAAUUCUAAAAAAAGGGAUUAAUCCAAGUACUAUGGAGUAUCUCUGGAAUUGCAAUGGAUGGUAUUGGGUGUACAAUCGUUAUUAUCUUGCAGAACCUCAAUCGUUAGUAUCUCUGAAAUAAAAAUUCAAAGUUGAUAGCAAUAAUCCCAACUAUUGGCGG